AUGAUUCAUAAGGUUGUCAGAUUUUGGGGUUCGCAAGAGUCUGUCUCACAGAAACUCGGAGAUUUUCUUUGCGCCCUGAGAACUCCCACUCGCAUCAUGCCAUUUAGUACCGUCCGAUCUAUGUCUUUCGUGAUCUAUCCUGAUCGACAAGAACAACCGUGGGAGACAACAUUCUCAGACCCCUUGCCGGUUGCUACCUACCUACCCAUACAAAUAUUUGAUUCCAUACGGGCCAUGUGCAAUCUCCGGUCAAUGAGACUCCAGGUAGACUGGUUUGGCGAACGCCAAGAAAGCUUUUUUUAUGGGUUGUUGCAAAACGUAGAAAUCCCCGCUGAAUAUAUACGAAUCUCUGCCUCGGAUCGUGUCAUGAGGCGAGUCCUUGAGAAGAGUCCUCAGCUUCAGGCACUUCAUCUCCCAGAAACUACCGACAUAACUCAGUUUGAGCCUGUCAUCGGAAGACUCAGACGAUUAUGCGCAGCUGUAGGCCGUGUGCAAUCUGGUGGCCCUAUCCAAUUUCCGGCAAUCAACGAGGUAAAUCUGAAAAAGAUUGCGGAACGGUAUCAGAGUCUUGAGGAGCUUGUCCUCUCUAUAUGUCCUAGCUCACAUGAGUAUGAAACACUUGACAGGGAAGCCGUGGCGUCCGCCUUCGAAAAAGACUUCGCCAAGGCCAUCAGAAUCUUCAAGAGAAUGCCGGGUUUGAAGCGUCUUGCCAUUUGUAUUGAACUGGAGGCGGCUCACAGUUUUGGUUUCACCUAUGCGGAGGAGGAUCGAUUCUACACAGACCGUCUUCUCCGGCUGUCGACUUGCCUGCCCCGCCUCGUUCAAAUUAGCAUCACCAACGGCGUGGAUCAAUACUGGACGGUUACCAGGGCAUCCCCUGGCGAAAUGACAAUCGGUCGAGGGAUUUGGGGUUACAAAGAGGCGGGGUUUCCACACUCAGUCAACGAAGGCUUCUAA